GAGAUAGUUAUUCCAAUGUCUGAUAAUUUCACUGUUCUUGAUACAACUAUUCCCUGUGAAAGUACCAGCAAGAAGAGAAAGAAUAUUGUCAUGAAAAGCUCUGAUCAUUCCCGAAUUUUGAGCACAAACAUUUCAAAAGAUAUGUCAGAACCCGAGGCUUCCAAGAAACAGAAGAUAUACCAGAAGAGAGUAGUAGCUGUGAAGAUCGAUGAAAAUGAAUAUGACAAGAAGCAGAAGAGUGAAGGGCCACCUUCUGAUUGUUGGUCUUGGAGGAAAUAUGGGCAGAAACCAAUCAAAGGAUCUCCCUAUCCCAGGGGAUAUUACAAAUGCAGCACAUCGAAGAGUUGUUCAGCCAAAAAACAAGUGGAAAGAUGCAAAACAGAUGCUUCCUUGCUCAUCAUCACUUAUACCUCAACUCAUAACCAUCAAAGUCCCAAAGAACCAAAAGAAGUAGAAGAUCCAAAACAAUCAGAAGAUCCAAAAGAAGUAGAAGAUACAAAACAAUCAGAAGAUCCAAAACACGAUGAACUGAAGAUUGAAAACAACAUAACAGAAGAACCUAAAGAAGAGGAUGACAAAGUUGAAGAAGCCGUUAAUGUUCAAGAAGGUGAAGCGGUUAAUGUCCAAGAUGGAGUUAGUACUGAAAAUAUAACUGAGUUUUACUACUGCCAGUCUCCAUUUACUAGCAACUCUGAUCACCAAGACAUGAUCGCUACCAUCAAAUACGAAGAAGAAAGACUGGGCAGCCCUUUGACAGAGAAGUUAGAAAGUGUGGUCUUUGAGGAAAAAUCAGAAGAGCCACUUUGUUGUCCUCAUCUCAUGACAUUCUCAACAGACGAAUAUGACUUCUACGAUGAGCUCGGAGAACUGCCCAUAUCAUCUUCCUUAACAAGAUUCAUGAGGAGUAAUUUCUCAGAGGAAAGGAUUCUUAUUCAGUAGUUACAUUAUAAUAACUAGUUCUGCACUGCUUUCAACUCAUUGUUAUUAAAAACAUGCACUUAGUCCUCUGUUAAUAUAUAAUUAAAGCUAGUCUGGUUUGAAGCACACAGUGAUUUGAAAUUAUAUUGGUAUUUGCAAA